AUGGAGAUGAACGAGGAAAUUGCAAGAUUGCAGUCUGGCGGGCAAAUGCGCCAGCGCCAGAAACUAAUAUUGCGCUGGGCCACCUCAUUUCCUCGGGGCCAUAAUUUCCGGCAGCCCUCUGGAGGGAGGGAGGUCGGGGACUCGCUCGAACCUUCAAUACGGACGGUGAGAGAUCAGGGCGGAGGGCACCCCAGGACAGCCAAGGGGCGGACAGUUAUCGGUCGCACUGGUGAUGAGCAAUGA